AAAAGAUCCACGUGUAACCGUGGUAGCCAACCUGAGAAAGUAAACAAACGAGAAGCACCAACGGAGCCCAACGAAAUACCCAACGCAGCACGCCACAAAUCUCACAAAUUCGCCAAAGAAAAUGGUAAUAGUAAUAUCAGAUGAUGAGGACGGCGGGCCUCCGCCCUCGCAAUCCCACUUUGCCAAGUUUGAGGACUUCAAACCCGACGAUGCGGCACCCUUCGACCAGGAGUUCUCGCGCCUCGCGUCAUCGCAGGAGUGGGUCCCCGGCUCACAGGAGUACACGCGCCAGCGCACCAUCGCCAUGCGGGAGGAGCUCCAGCUCCACUACUUUUCGCAGCCACCGCCCAAGCUCGAGGUGGUCGACGAGGAGGACGAGAAGGCGGAGCCCGCUAGCGCGCAAGAAAUCGCGCUCCGGGGCUACCAGGAGCUGUGCCGCGAGGUCGGCCUCGACGAGGAGGCGGCGGGCGGCAACGUGGACGAGUGCAAAAAGGCCCUGAAGAGCACGCUCGUCAACAUCGUCGACCUCAUCGACGCGCGCCGAACGCACGCCAAGGUCGAGGUUUGGACCGAUUUUGAAAAGUUCCGCGCUUAUACCCUGCAGGACGGCAAGCGGAUCGACCCGAAGGAGGCCCGGGCGUCCCCGGGAUACCUCGCCUCGCUGCUGCAGCGCCUAGGAGGGCCCCGGCGGAAGAAGGGCAAAAAGAGGAAGAGAGGCGGCGUGGUGUCGGGGCGCGUCACGAAGUCGGAGGCCUAAAUGUGGAUGCGGCUCUACUGGCCCUGCUGCAAGUCGACCAAGGAACAGCACGAAUCAUUUGUGCUCGUUGGAAAACUCCAACACGUUACAGCACCACUCUUACUUGGACCACUGCCACUCGAGCUGGGAUGGUGGUUCUUACUGUGAGCAUGAGCGAGGCGUUGACGGCAAGAAUUGGGUUUCAGGUUUGUGCGAUAUUAGCUUUGUCUUCUGCUAGAUUUUAUUGUCAACGUCGGGUGUGGUUCGGGGGAAGGACCGCAUGGGAAUCAUUGAACGUAGCUUAUAGGAAGGGACACUACUAGCUUAUACACUCGGAUUUCGAGAAGAGGAAAGGCGCUUAUCUUGAAAUAAUAAACGGCAUUCCAGGCAAUUGAAAAGGACA